AACUCUGAAUCCUGCAUCGAUGACUCCUCACGAUACGCCUCAUGGUGGGGCUUCAACUUACUCGCGUAACUCAGUUGGCGAUUUGAUGCCAGUUCCAUCAGUGGGAUCUCCGGGCACACCCGCACAGUCUCCACAUCCGAAUUCCACCCUAUCACAGCCUACAUCGGUACCACCGGCUGAUCAACUAAUGACGAUGAGUCCACGCGCACCUCCUUCCGUUUCGAAUUUGCAACAACCAUCAACACCCAUAGAUCAUUUGUUGGACAAGAACACGCCGGCGCCUACGCCCACCGACCAGCAUGAUAAUAAAAGCAUCACAACGUCACCGUAUGUGCGGCCGACGCCAAGCGUUGAGCCGCCGCCAUCUGUUGAGGGUGGCAACGGCGGUAUGGGUGGCCUUGGACCGAAUGGCCCUGGCAGCGUGCCACAACCGCCGAGUGUAGGUCGCAAUACACCCACUAUUUCUAGCCAGCAACAGCAUCAGCAACAACACCAAGGGCCACAAGCACAAAUACUGGGCUCAUCCGCGGAGACCGCUGUCCCUCAAUGUGGCAGCAUAACAAUCAAGAAAUUUGAGUUGCAGCAAACGUCUUUACCACUAUUCAGCACUGAGCAAGUUAAAACUGAGCCAGAUUAUGGUUCAACAUCCAUGGCGGGUGCUUGUACUCGUAACGGCCUCCCUAUGGUGUCUGCGGCAUCUGGUAUUUCAGCUGCAGACGCGAUCAAUGAUUACUGGAAAUCUUUUAAGAUGCCUGAAAUCAAAGUAAAGGAUAUCGAUAGUUUCGCGAAUGAUGAUUGCUCAAAAUUUGAUGUUUUGUACGACUUUACGUUUCAGAAUGCAUGGGCGAACCAUCCAAUGAAACGGUUCAAACUAAAUGAAGCGGCUAAACCGUGUCGCACCAUGUGCACCAAAAAUUUAUACGAAGGUCAUACACACUCCAAGCCUCUGAUGCCAUCACCAGGCUCAUUGUACGGCUCACAGCUACUAUCCAUAGACGCUUCCGUGAACCCGCUCGGCGGUACUACAAUGGAUGCAACCUCAAUGGGUGGAGUUGUAAGUGGCGGCUUGGUGGGAAUAGCUUCCCAUGGAGCCAAUAUGGCAAAUGCCAAUGGCAGCAGUACGACCAUUGAUGGGAACAGUAGUGCAAGUGGUUACUUCCAAAGCCUGGACAUACAAGCAACGGAUGCACUGCAGGGUACAGCAUCACCCUGUAAGGAGGGCAAGAGCAGCGCCAGUGGAAACCUUUACACAGCUGAAGGUUUAAACCCAACAAUGAAUGACCUGGAGCAGCUGUUCGAAACCUCGAAUGACGACUGCGGCAGUGUUCAAAUACACACCCCACCCGACUCGAACAAUCCUUCCAAUGGUACCGCCUCUACGACUACCAUUGAUGACCUUAAACGAAGCACUGCAGUUGCAGUUGCGGUUGCCGCCGGUGCGGUUGCUAUUACUGCUUUACAAAACUGCAGUAAUACAACCAAUGUCACGAACUCUUUGAUAAAUAGUAGUAGCAACAAUGGUGGCGGUACCGGCGGCCCCAGUAUGAUACAAGCGGAGGAUUUAACAAAGAUGUUUCCUACGCCUCCUUCGCACGAGCAACACCAUCCCAAUUCCAGUCCGUGCCAAAUGGAUAUCCAAAUGACGGAUCUCAGUGUGAUCACUGCAUCGACUACCAUGUCAGCUAACUUGGAGACGGGAAUGGGAAGUAUCAUUAAGGUAAAACAAGAAUAUUCUGUUGAAUUGGGCAGUCCUGUGGAGGAGCCAAUCGAGGACUGGUCUUAUGUUUACCGACCGCCGAAACGUGCAAAAUUCGUGGGAUCAUCCAAGUACGCUCCCCUUACGAAUUUACCGAGCCAGAUGCUGCCACUGCUGUCGUUGCCAAGCAACUGCACUUACAAGCCCUCUUGGACGACGCAGAAAUCUCGCGCGGUAGUGGCUGCUCAGGCGGCGGCGGCUCAGCAGCAACAGCAAUUACAACAGCAACAACUACAACAACAACAUCAACAGUUACAUGAACUGCUAACAGCAGCGCCACGCACACCUCUCCAGCAGCCGCGAACACCUUUGGGACCCAUCCCAUCACCCAUGCACACCAACACCGUGCCCACGCCAUUGAACAGCGGUGGUGGUGGCGGCAGCAGCGGCAAUAACUUAUUGCUGAACCAGUUGAAUUGUCCGCAAGCGGCACUCACAAAUACGUCCGUCAGCGCAGGCAUGCAGCAAAUGAUGCAACGAGUUGGCAUGUCGCCAAUAUCGCCAGCGCCUGCAUCAGUGGUUCCGUUCCCCAUGAUGCAGCCACAGCGCCAUCCGCCGCCACCCUAUGAAAUGGCGGUGGCUAGUCCGGCCACUUCAACUUCUUCGUAUUUAAAUAAACAGUAUCAUUCACAAGAGCAUCCGCGAACUCCACAAAGCGUUGGAAUGCCUUCAACACAUCUUCCUAGACCAAUGAGCGCUGCCGGUAAUCUUGUAUCAGGUAGCGUAACGACAGGGGCGGUCGCCGCUCGAGAGUUGCCCGAAGUGAGUUCACUAAUCGUCAACAUUUUGCUGUAUGAUACUGCGUUAAAUGUAUUCCGAGACCACAACUUCGACAGCAGCACUGUAUGUGUGUGCAAUGCGGAUUCCCAGAAAGUAGGCAACAUACGAGGUGCAGACUCUGGUGUUUACGUGCCGCUGCCGGGCGGAAGCUUCAACCCGUUGCCACCGUCAGCGAAUGGCAACAGUAGUAUUGGUACUGCUGGUAUAGGUGCAAGCGGUGGUGGCGGUAGCAGCAGUGUGGGUGGAGCAAACAUGCGCAUGUUGAGUGCUUUUGGUUGCGGAAGUGCUUUGGAUUCACCAGCGUCUUUACCAGGAACAUCUGGGCACACGGGGUCAGGCUCAUCUUCUUCAUCGGCCACACCCGGCAGUAAUCAACAUUUUACGGGCUACGUGGAUGACGACCCUGUAGAUUGCACCUGCGGUUUCAGUGCAGUAGUUAAUAGACGACUUGCAUUUAGAGCUGGUCUCUUUUACGAGGAUGAAAUGGAGAUCACAGGCGUAGCCGAGGAUCCCGGCCGUAAUAAAAAACAAUCAUUGCCUUCCAUCGUAGCAAACUUAGCAACAGCAUUAACACCAUCAGGCUCAGCUUUGAGCGCCUCCUCAUUGCCUAUAAAGAGCGGUAAUCCUUUGGUACCUACACAAGCAGAAAAGGGGCAACAUGCGCAACCAGACGCGCAUGCUCUCCAAAACGCACAUGUCAUAUUCGAUUUGCUACUGGAACAGUGCUCUAUAAUUCAAACGUCCAGCAGUUCCAUACAUCGUGCGUUGCAACGUCACCGACAUCGGUUGGCUAGACAAAGCCGACAGCCGCAAUCUGUAGCUGCGAUCUCAAAUGUUCUAGAAUUCGUAGACGCUAACGAUGUAAUAUGUCUUGCGUUAGAACAAGCCAGACUGGCUUUUGAGAGCAAUCGUAUGGAUGUAAAUGAAUUUGGUGGCCAGCAACAACUAUCUCCUUUCCAUACAGCGGGAUCUGCCUCUACACGUCGUUAUAAGCACUUGUUUGGCAGCCGGCUAACAGUUCACAAAUGGCCGUACAUUCCAGUUGGUUUCUCACGCAGCAACAAAGAGAUAGUGCGUACAAUGAAUUUCGUGCAGCCCAUGUUGCAAAAUGCAUUCCAUUCGAAGUCGCGAAGCGCGGCCGGUAGUAAAGAUGCUACUUACACUGUAAGUGGACCACUAACAUGGCGCCAAUUUCAUCGAUUAGCGGGGCGUGCCUCUGGUCAGUGUGAGCCACAACCUAUACCGUCGGUAAUUGUCGGUCAUGACAAGGACUGGGUCUCGGUAGCCCCACUCGCUAUCCACUACUGGGAUAAGUUUCUGCUAGAGCCCUAUGCAUAUGCACGCGACAUUGUCUAUUUGGUGGUCUGUCCUGAAACUGACUUUGCGGUGGACAAUACGAGAACAUAUUUUCGAGAAUUGAGCUCGACCUAUGAAAUGUGUAAGUUGGGUCGUCAUACUCCUAUUCGAGGCUGGGAUGGCCUGCUGACUGUAGGUCCUCGCGCGCCUACAGAUAACACACCAACUAGCACACCUUUAGAUGAUUGGCUGCGAACGUUAGAUGAUUCGCAAUUAGCUGAGAAAAUACGACUCUAUGCGAGCGCAUUUCAUAAUCAAAUCGUACCGUACCUCAACCGCAUCCCCGGGGACAAAACUUUACUAAAUCCACCAGAAAGCAAUAGCUGUCAACCGGGAGGUGGACGUGAGCGUGGUACAACUAGUCCCACAGGUACUAGUGGAAUGGGAGGCGUUGAUGCAGAAAAAUUGCAUAACUCACCGAAAAUGGAAGGUGUGGAACAACAGCAACAACAUCAGCAACAACAACAGCAACAACAACAGCAACAACAUCAGCAACAACAACAAAAUGCUCCAGAAUCUACUGACAUGAAGCCAGAUAUCAAAGCAGAUGCAAAACCACCAAUUGUACUUAGCGAUCCAUUGGGCAUGGGCGAAACAAUGGAGGACGUAAAUCCACCGGCGAUAGUGCUUUACAUAGUUGAGCCAUUUACCUUUGGUUCGGAUUCACCCGAAUUGGAGCGGUUAGCUUGUAUUGCUUUGCUGCGUUGCUACGCAGAACUAUUAAAAUCCAUACCAGACUCUGUUCGCGCUAACAUGAACAUCCAAAUGAUUUCCUUGGAAUCAAUAGUCGAAUUAGGACGUUCUCGAUCGCGUAAACGUUUCUCGGAUGAAAUCAGGUGCUUGGCGUUGAAUAUUUUCUCACAAUGCCGGCGCCAUUUGGUGCACGCGCAGGCCGUGAAGAGUCUAACCGGGUUCGGCACAGCCGCCAAUAUGGAAGCAUUCCUAAAGAGUAAAGAGGAUAAGAACCGGCAGCCAUACAAAAUGUAUACGCCACCUUAUGUGUUGGCUCCAAUGCAUGAAAAAAAUGACAAAACGGAUUUCUCACGCCAGUCCGCUAGCAUGCGUGCGCUGAAUGAACAAAAGUAUUCUGUGAUGUAUUGCAACUAUUGUCUGAGCGAAGAUCAGAGUUGGUUGUUGGCCACUGUUACCGAUGAUCGUGGAGAGAUGUUCGAAAAGAUUAUAAUCAAUAUCGAUGUACCAAAUCGUACACGAAGACGAAAGGCACCAGCGCGACGUGUGGGGCUAAAGAAGUUGAUGGAUUUCAUUAUGGGAUUAAUCUCACAGACGGCGCAUCCAUGGCGGUUGGUGGUCGGCCGUAUUGGACGCAUCGGACACAGCGAACUAAAAUCUUGGAGCUCUUUGCUGAGUAAACAAAAUCUGCAGAAGGCUUCCAAACAACUGAAGGACAUCUGCAAGCAGUGCUCAUUAAUGUAUCCUCCAGGCAUACUCAGCGCGUGCUUGGUGACACUGGAGCCUGAUUCUAAGCUACGCGUGAUGCCUGAUCAAUUCACACCGGAUGAAAGGUUUUCGCAAAUUUCAAUGCAAAAUCCGCUAUCAACACCUCAAGAUGUGACAUGCACGCAUAUACUGGUAUUUCCAACAAGUGCUGUUUGCUUGGUAAGUGUCAUUAAUAAGGGAAAUUUAGUACAGUGUUCAUACAGGAUUUUAAUUGAGUCGAUUAAAAUCUUUUUUUUCGGAUUUCGGUGUUCACACACUGCCAAUUUAGUUUACUUAUCUAACGGUCAGCAUUGUUGUCACAAGUAG